AUGUCAUCCAAGGCAUGCACAUUUCUCCCUCUAGGGGCCGUUAUCCAGAAAUUCGUAGUGAACGGCACAAACAUCGUCCAGGGUUUUCCGACGGCAGAGUUGUACAAGCAGUACAACGCCCCCUACUUUGGCGAGACCAUUGGCCGCAUUGCGAACCGUGUUUCGAAAGGAAAGAUCAACGAACUCAACGGGAGAUCGUACCAGUUGCCUAUCAACAAUGGACCAAAUUCCCUCCAUGGGGGAAACAAAGGCUGGGGCAAACGCGAAUUCGAGGGCCCCUUCAGCGUAGAGCGCAGUGGUAAACAAGCAACCUUCUUCAAGUACCUCAGUGCGGACGGCGAGGAGGGUUAUCCUGGUACGGUAGAGGCUCGUGUCUGGUACGUGCAAGAACAGGAAGUAAUCCAAGGUGCUCAACAGGAGGUUCUGCACAUUGAGUUUGAGGUUGAACUGGUCGGGGACGAGGUGGGCGAGACCGCCAUCAAUAUGACAAACCACAGCUACUUCAACCUGACUGGAGGUCCUUCCAUCACAGGCACGGACGUCACUCUCAUUACCAACAAGUAUCAAGUGGUCGAUGACGGUGGCAUUCCCACGGGUCCCAUCGAAGAGUACCCCGGUGUUAUGCCUAACAAGACUUUCACUCUCGGCGAAGCAAAGCCUGAUAUCGACGACUGUUUUGUGGUCAAUACCGACCCGAAGACCAUCUCUAUUGAUACUCGCACGUCGCCACUUCAAAAGAUUGCUUCCUUCUAUCAUCCCGACAGCAAGAUCCAUCUCGAGAUCCAUAGCACGGAGCCCGCUUUUCAAUUCUACACUGGAAAGUACAUUGAUGUACCAGCAGUGGACAGUCUACCCCCCAGGGGCCCUCGCUCAGGUUUCUGCGUGGAACCUAGCCGUUGUGUCAACGCGAUCAACAUUCCUGAGUUUAAGCACACGAUGCUACUGAAAAAAGGAGAGAAGUAUGGGUCGAAGAUUAUGCAUAUUCACCGCAUGAUCAACAGAGUGAGGCCACAAUCACUGGCCAGUCUGGCCUGGUAUGAUGAUGUAAUCGAAGUACACAGAUUUCCUCACAAAUAUCAGAAGCUCAAUGUUUACUCAAAUCAGAAGUUGAUUUGGCUUGGUCCAGCACAUUCAGUCUGGAAAGCCGGACUGACGUGUGUGUUGAUGCUGUUCAGUAAUCCAAAUCAUAUGGUUGUUCGAGAGCGUCAUUCGCCUGACUCCUCGAUCAAGUUCUUUUCCUUGGGUACUCCCAUCAAGCUGACUGUUGCUAGUGAACAAAGAAAGAAACCAGAAAGUACUCUAUGCCGAGGGAACACACUCCUCGAUGGCGUGGAAGGCCUUGCCAAUAGCUUCAAGCUUUGGAUGAUUGUCGAACAGCUGCUUCCGUCGGCUGUACACUCUCACCACAUCCUCGGUUCUUUCCAUGCUAGGUCCAGCUCAAGACGUUCUCACUCUGUCUACGGCCAAGGCAGAAUACCGUCUGUCUCUCUGCCGAUGUCAAGAGACGGGGAUGUGUUUUCGUGA